GAUUUUUAUCGUGGAGAAGGCAAGGGCGCCUUAGGUCAUCCUCGCUUUCGUGGGCAAUCUAGGGCACGUAUUCCCACCAGUUAUUAGGGUUUCGGAUCCAGCGAUAGCUCGGAUUGGGGAACCGGGUUCCCAUCCAGCAAAAGGCGCAAAUUUCGAUUUCGAAAAUAUUUCAUCCUCUCCGUCUCGGAUUCCCUCACGGCCGCGAUCGAUCGGCGCCUCCACAGCUGAAAUUCUCGCCGCGAUGCCGAGGUAGCGAUUCGGCAGCUGGAAAUCGCAUCAGGUGGUGUGGGAGCAUUUAAUCGCCGCUGAUACCUCCCUAUGAUGUCAGAGUAUGAAGAGGCCGACGAAUCCAAUGAGAAUGAGGAUAGUUUUGUAGGACAACAAGAGCAUUUCUCCAGUAGGCCGAGGAAAUCUAGGUACGAGCCUUCAGACGGCGACGACGCGAGCCAAUCUGAUCAUGGAGAUCCAGAGUACAAAGAGGAUUCGGGUGAUGAGAAUUACGAAGAUGGUGGAUACGAGAAUGGAGCUGCUUCGUUUAGGUAUUCUACUGUAGAGUCCCGGGAUUUUCAGCUCGAGCCCGAGGAGUCUGAAGAAUAUGUGAUGGAGGAAGAGGAAGAAGACGAUAAUGGAGGUGACGACCCUCAAGACGCUGAUUUUGAUCCUGUGUCACCAGAGAACAAUUUCUCGCAACAGGAAGAGGACGAUGACGACGACUACAACGCAAGUGCUGAGGAGCAGGAAGAAGCCGCCAGCACUGGAGGUUUUGACGUAUCCAGUGACGAGGAGCUUGUUCGGCCUGCGAAUCCCAGAAAGCGGCCUGCGAUCAAGAUUGCGCAACCUCGAUUCGGGUCAAAUAACCAGAAACGGCAUAGAAUUGUGCAGAAGAAAGACUAUCCGUCGGAUGAAGAAGACUCUUCUGACGGUGAAGACCAGCGUAAUCAUCGUAAGGUUGUUGUUGCAAGCUCCAUCAGACCUGUUGUCAUCGCCCCAAGUCAACGAGCACCAGCAGACUUUUCCUCCAGGGAAACGAGAAGCAGAAGAUCGAUUCCUAGGAAAUCUUACGUGGAGGAGGAAAGCGAAGAGGAUGAAGAAGAUCAAAAAGCAAAGAAAAAGGUAUCCCCGGAUGAGAUUGAAGAAGAAGACAGUGACAAAAUAGAAAGGGUAGUGUGGCACCAGCCCAAGGGUAUCGCGGAAGCAGAAAUGUUAGAAGGCAGGAAAGCAGAACCGUUCAUCCUCGAUACAGAUCCUCAUGCUGAUUUAGAUUGGGAAGAACAAGAGUUUUACAUCAAAUGGAAGGGACAAUCCUACCUUCAUUGUCAAUGGCAAGGUCUUGCUGAUCUCCACCAGCUAAGUGGAUACAAGAAGGUCGUUAACUACAUGAAAAAAGUUGAAGAAGAUCGGCAGAAGAGAAGAAACUUGAGUGGAGAAGAGGCCGAGGUGCAUGAUUUGAGCAAGGAGAUGGAAUUGGAUCUCUUGAAGCAGUAUACCCAGGUUGAAAGAGUGUUCGCCGAGAGAAUCGGCACUGUUGAUGGAGAAGAAUUUCAAGAAUACCUUGUUAAGUGGAAAGGUCUCUCCUACGCAGAAUCAACCUGGGAAAAGGACAUUGAUCUCGCAUUUGCUCAAGAUUUUAUCGACGAGUAUAAGGAGAGAGAAAGUGCAUCUAAUUUUCAGGGAAAAUCUGUCGAUUUUCAACGGAAGAGAGGCAAAUUGAUCUUAAGAAAGCUUGAGGAGCAGCCAGAGUGGUUGAAAGGUGGAAAACUACGUGAUUACCAGCUAGAAGGUUUAAACUUUCUAGUGAAUGGUUGGCGUAUGAAUACAAAUGUUAUUCUUGCCGAUGAAAUGGGUCUAGGAAAGACCGUACAGUCGUUAUCGAUGCUGGGAUACCUGCAGUAUAACCUGGAAAUCUUAGGACCUUUUUUAGUGGUCGUACCUCUUUCCACAAUCGCUAACUGGGCCAAAGAGUUUCGAAAAUGGUUGCCCAACAUGAAUGUGCUGGUGUAUGUUGGCAAUGUGGCCAGUCGUGAGAUGUGUCAAAAAUACGAGUUCUUCACUGCAUCGGGACGAGCUAAAUUCAACACUUUGAUCACGACGUACGAACUUGUAUUGAAGGAUAAAGACGUCCUAUCUCAGUUCAAGUGGGACUUUCUGAUGGUGGAUGAAGCUCAUCGUUUGAAAAACAACGAGGCAGCGUUGUAUACUGAGCUCAUGAAAUUUAGUGCAAAGAACAAAGUUCUUGUGACUGGAACGCCUUUACAAAAUAAUGUCGAGGAGCUCUGGGCGCUUUUACAUUUUCUUGAUCCUAUAAAAUUUAGAAACAAAGACGAUUAUAAAAAUCUGGUGUCAUUUAACGAAGCUGAGCUAGCGAGGCUGCAUGCCGAGUUGCGGCCACAUUUGUUGAGAAGGGUGAUAAAGGACGUGGAGAAAUCUUUGCCUCCUAAAAUCGAGCGUAUUCUUAGAGUGGAGAUGUCUCCACUUCAAAAACAGUAUUACAAAUGGAUUUUGGAGCGUAAUUUCAGUGAUCUGAACAAAGGCGUUCGUGGGAAUCAGGUGUCUCUCCUGAACAUAGUUGUGGAAUUAAAGAAGUGCUGCAACCAUCCCUUUCUUUUUGAGAGUGCGGAUCAUGGUUACGGAGCAAAUGCAACUAUGACCGACAAUAGUAGAGUGCAAAGGGUUGUUCUCAGCAGCGGCAAGCUGGUUUUACUCGAUAAGCUUCUUGUCCGUUUGAAGGAAACGGGCCACAGGGUUCUGAUUUUCUCUCAGAUGGUGAAAAUGCUGGAUAUUUUAGCGGACUAUUUACGUCUGAGAGGCUUUCAAUUUCAAAGGCUGGAUGGCAGCACAAAGCACCACUUACGUCAGCAGGCUAUGGAACACUUCAAUGCCCCUGGAAGUGAAGAUUUUUGUUUCCUACUUUCAACAAGAGCGGGGGGCCUUGGAAUCAAUCUUGCUACUGCAGACACUGUGAUUAUCUUUGAUUCUGAUUGGAAUCCACAGAAUGACCUUCAAGCAAUGAGUCGGGCUCAUCGUAUUGGGCAAGAGUUUGUCGUCAACAUUUAUCGCUUCGUGACAUGUAGAAGUGUCGAGGAAGACAUUUUGGAACGCGCAAAAAAGAAAAUGGUUCUUGAUCAUCUAGUCAUACAGAAGCUGAAUGCGCAAGGACGGCUGGAAAUGAAGGAGACCAAGAAAGCUACAACGAUGUUUGACAAGAACGAGCUUGCAGCAAUUCUUAAGUUUGGGGCGGAAGAGCUCUUCAAGGAAGAAAAGAAGAGCGAAGAGGAGGCCAAGAGCAAGCUGGAAAACAUGGACAUUGAUGAAAUACUUGAGAGAGCAGAGAAAGUGAGCGGCGAUACCGAGCAACCGGGUGGCGAGCUUCUUGGUGCUUUCAAGGUAGCAAAUUUCAGUCAGGGAGAAGAUGAUGCAGCAUUCUGGAGCCGUCUGAUUCCCGCUGAGACUGCAAAGGAAGCUCCAGAUUUGGGACCUCGUGCAGCAAGAAAAAUACGAACUUACGCCGAAGAUCUUCCCGCUGAUAGGUACAGCAAGAGAAGAAAGAACGCUGAAGAAGUUGGCCGUAAGCGGUCUACAAGGCUGUCAAGAGCCCCGGAACCUCCUCCACGCGUGGAUGGUGCUUCAGCCCAUGUUUACGAGUGGGAGGGUACUACUAUUUCAAAAAGGGACGCGAACGCGUUUGUUAAAGGCGUUAAAAAAUUUGGUGACAAGAGCCGGAUAGAUAUGAUUGUUGUUAACACGGGAUCAGCUAUUGAAAAUGCGUCUGAAGAUUCUCAACUGGAUCUCAUGGACGCUCUUUUGGAUGGUUGCACCGAAGCUGUGGACAACAGCCAUAACCCGAAGGCUGCUAUUUUGGAUUUUUUUGGAGUUACAGUUAAAGCUCAGGAGGUUCUUACUCGAGUCAAGGAGCUUACUUUACUUGGAAAACGCAUCAGGCGAUACCAAGACCCUGUUUCUCAGUUUCGUUUGCGUUCGCAUUCCAAAAAUCCAUCUUCAAUGUGGUCGAGAUGGUCUCAAGUCGACGACGCCAGGCUUUUACUUGGGGUUUACUACCAUGGCUAUGGAAAUUGGGAGAAAAUUCGAACGGAUGAGAGGCUUUUACUAGGUAAGAAGAUGGCUCCAGGCGGUGCGACGGCGGGAGAAACUUCUCUACCAAGAGCAACCCAUCUGGAUGCUCGGGUUAAUACACUUCUACGAAAGGAGACGGAACUUGACAAGGGAUCCAAUGGCGAGACCUCGAAGAGCCGGUCGAAGCGUAAUCAAGAAAGCUCCAGUAAACUGCGACAGGGCAAGGACCGGGCCAGCAACAGCAGCCGGCCUUCGGGGACACGAAAGUCGGCAAGGAAUAUCAACAGAGAGAACGCUGCCAUAGCGGCUGCUGCGAGAGAGGAAGCAGAAGACAAGGAAGAAGGGGAGAUCUCAGAUGAUGAAAGCACGCAGCGGCGACCAAAGGGUGUCACCGACGAGAAGGAAAGGGACCAAAGAUGGCAUAACUGGUGCGAGGGUGUCAUGAAAGGCGAGGUGAGGACGCUCAAACGUCUCCAGAAUUUGAAGUCCGCUCACUCCGAGUCCAACGAGAAGGUGGUAGUAAGAGUGAAGAAGUACCUACAAAAGCUCGGUCAGAAGAUUGACAGCAUCUUGGACGACAACAAGGGGGAGAAAUGCAAUCCUCAAAAAAUGGCCAUGAGGUUGUGGAACUACGUCGCGAGGUUUUCAGACCUCUCCGGUCCCGAUCUCUCCGACUUGUACCACAAGCUCAAACGUCAGCCGGAAGCAGCCGCGCCCUCCGCCGCGAGCGUCGAGAACAACAACGAAAACAACGGUACGUCGAGGGAGAAACACGAGCCUCUUACGUACAAGAGGCGGCACGGGCGGAAGGACAACGCAGAGUCGUCCAAGAGGCGGAGGAAAGGAGGGGACGAGGAGGAAACAGGUGCUAGGAACAGCUCGGCGGACAAGGCACACUACUUCUACGGCAAAGGGACUUCUCGCAAGGACCAUCUUGAUCGAGCAGGGGAAGAGGAUUAGCUUUGGGAGAUUCUUACAACGGGGCGAGCAGCACAGAGAGAAAGAAGAUCGCGCGGAAUAACAAAACCAGAGAUGGCCACACACACACACAUAAGAAAAAAGAAAUUUUUUGGGGAUGCAAAAAGAGUCGCUUCGAUCGAACGAGAUGGUGAUGACGAUUUGCCGUGGUGGCCGAGAGAAUUGUACAGGAGGGGGGAUUGUCCAUACAGGAGGAGAAAAUGGAAUGGAAUUCCACACACGCAAAAGCUUGUAUUUCUUGACAAUCCUCGUCGACAAAAGUCCUAUUUUUUGUUCUUGUUCUUGUCAAGCCAGGCGUUGAUCUCUUCCUCGGUUGGAGAGAGCGUCUUGUUCUUGGUGGUACGCUGAAAAAACACGAAGAACUUGAGAUAUCUUCGUUCCAUUUUUUA